UCUUUCUCUGUAGCUUGUGACUGAUAUUUUGACGUUCAGUCAGAAUUUGGACAGUGUGAUUCCUCGGAGCUGGGAUGUAGUUCCUGCAGUGUCACUGUGCUGUGUAGAUAAAGUCAGAGCAGCGUGGAGAGGGGAGAAGUGAAGUGGCCGAUUUCAGACGUGAGGAGCACAGACUGAAGGAGAGCGAGAAAAAAAUCAUGCCGAGGUCUUUCCUGGUGAAGAGUAAACGGGCCCACAGCUACCACCAGCCCCGCUACCUAGAGGAUGACUACAGUGGACUGGACACUAUUCUGGCUCAUGCGUGCGCAGAGACCAAAUCGCAGGGGGAGUUUGAGUCCAACUUGGAGCCGCACGAGGAAGUGUCCGCCGGCGCUGACAGACUGUCCCCCGGGUCCCGGCUGCUGUCCCCGGGCUCACUAUCCUCCAGCUCCCCGCUCAGCUGCGGAGGCAGCGUGUGUGAGCGAUCUUCUGACUGUGAUUUCUGGCGUCCCCCGUCUCCAUCGUCCUCACCAGAUUCAGAGAAAUGCUCCACUCCAGCAGCGGAGGACGCUCAGCACUUCAACAUCCCCCUUUUUCCUUACUCCUGGUCAGCAUACUCUGGAUCUGAGCUGAGGCAUGUGGUUCAGGGACCGUACCACCACCACCACCACCUCCAGGGCCACAGGGAGCCUAACUCACCCGUCAGCAUCUACGGGGCAGAGGACAGCGGCAAAGAGUCUCUUUACGCACAGCGGGGUCCAGUGGCCGGAUGCUACCGGGAUUACUCUUCAGCUGCCCACCAACUCCGCAGGUUGCAGGACGCAGACGAGCUGUAUCUGGAUGUAAAGCAGAAGCCUCGCGCUACAGAAAUCAAGUCUGAAAAUGAUUUCAUCUGCUCGGACUUCGAGUCAAGUGGAUCCUAUAAAUGCAUUAAAUGUUGCAAGGUGUUUUCGACACCUCACGGCCUGGAGGUUCAUGUGCGGCGAUCUCACAGCGGGACGCGGCCGUUUGAGUGCGGGAUCUGCGGGAAAACCUUCGGACACGCAGUGAGCCUGGAUCAGCACAGAGCGGUUCACUCGCAGGAGAGGAGCUUCAGCUGUAAAAUCUGCGGCAAAAGCUUCAAGCGCUCCUCCACACUGUCCACGCACCUGCUCAUCCACUCGGACACGCGGCCUUAUCCGUGCCAGUACUGCGGGAAGAGGUUCCAUCAAAAGUCAGACAUGAAAAAACACACUUUCAUCCACACAGGUGAGAAGCCGCACAAGUGCCAGGUGUGCGGGAAGGCCUUCAGCCAGAGCUCCAACCUCAUCACACACAGCAGGAAACACACAGGCUUCAAACCUUUCGGCUGUGACCUCUGCGGGAAAGGCUUUCAGAGGAAAGUGGACCUGAGAAGACACAAGGAGACGCAGCACGGACUGAAAUGAACAGACGUCGAUGCUUUAAAAUGAAAUCCUGCACUUUUAAUGUACCGACUAUGCACAUGGAUGGCCAUGUUUUAUUUUAUUCUAUUUUAUUGUUUGUUGUAUUUUCUCCACAUUUUACCUUCUGUUAAAUGUAGUUAAUUAUUUAGCCUGAGAUAUUCUGAUGUUGAUUUUAUGGAAAUAAACAUUUAUUUAUCGA